UUUUCUCGUGCCGAACUAAAUGCUUUCCCAUACGUCUAUAAGGCGUGGUUAUUAAUUAAGCGGCAGGGACAAACCUGCUUCAAAGUAGAUACUCUAAUGUUUUUUCAUGUAAUGUUCAUAAGUUCCAGUGAUUUGUCGUUGUCACUACUUUACUUCCGUACCGAAGUCACUGAACACCACAGCAACACCCUGAUGUCUGCAUUUCAACGCCUGUAAUCCCUUGGCCCAGUUUCUUAGUUCGCCGAGUCGAGUUUCUCUUGUUUCGAUUUGAUAGUAUUGUUUCCUACACGCGAUUCAUUUGUUUUGUCGAUCUGAUGAUCAGAAAUAUCAGCAUGAUAGAGCAGAGUAUUGAAAUACCAACAACUUUACAUUAAAUUAUACAAAUUAACUGCUACAAGAAAACUGGCAGCAUUCAUCGUCAUCAGUGAAACAACCAACAUUUUAUAUUAUAUAAGAUCAAUCUUGUGGCAUGUGGAAUUUGCAUUUUUCUUCUGACUAAUUGGUGGGUUAUGGUUAAUUUCAGUGCAAACAGAGAUAUAUUCGGCCCUUACACGCAUGUAGAAGUCAUCCAAAGAUGUGUGGGUGAGAUGCUUGGUACCUUUGCCCUCGUGUUUCUGGGCUGCAUGGGUGUUGGAGUGCACCAUCUAAAUCCAAGUGUUCCUGAACAUUACUUCAUCGCAUGCUUUAACUUUGGCCUCGCAGUAAUGGUACCCAUCUUGAUUGUGGGCCAUAUCAGCCAGUGCCACAUGAACCCUGCAAUCACCCUGACGGUUGUCAUCAGUGAUGUCAUGAAGCCGGCCCUUGCUGGCCUGUACAUUAUCUCCCAAUGCAUAGGUUCAGUGCUGGGCUACGGUGUUCUUUACGGUUUGACCCCCAUGUUCCAUAACAAAAAUCCUCCAGUCUGUGUCACAGUCCUGCACAAAGAACUGAAUGUGUUUGCAGGAAUGGCUAUGGAAGCCUUUUGCACUGGACUCCUUUGUCUGGUGGUCUGUGGAGUUUUGGACAAGAGAAACGCCCACAAUACUGAUUCUACAGCCAUAAAGAUUGGCUUGACAGUAUCCAGCCUUGCUCUAGUGGAGGCUCCCUACACAAUGGCAAGUUUCAAUCCAGCACGAUCUCUUGGCCCAUGUGUCUGGACUGGCCACUGGGAAAAUCAUUGGGUAUUCUGGGUGGGCCCCUUGCUUGGCAGCACUGUGGCAGCAAUGUUCUAUAGAUUUGUCUUCUUCAUUCCGAAGAAAGUGGAUGUGGAACUCCAGUCAUAAGACCAACUAUGGAAGAAGCUUCUCACCCUACACAACAGGAGAUCCAGUAGAAUUAUUCAUGCAGCUCAGAUGAAUGCAGUGACUUCAUCUUAAAUCCUGAAUAUUGCAUUCCAAGGCAUAUGAGCACCAUUUAUGGAUUCUGGCUAAUUUACUUCCUGCAAAGUUUAGUUUUAAUUAAUUCAGUGGUUUAUUGUUCUGGGGCUUCCUUAAAGAUACUGUUUAUAGACACAGUAACCUAGAUACAUAAUUCCAUAACUGAAUGAAGCAAAAUAUUUCAACUACUGUGAUCAGCAUCAGUGAACACAGACUGGUUGGGGAAGUGCAAAGUCUAAGAUAACUUAAAAUUGUUUUGUAUUCUAUUGGUACUAACUAAUUAAAUGGCUUACUGAACCCGAA